AUGAAAGGACAUUUUUCUGGGUUCAGAGUGAUCAAGAGUAUCGAAAAUGGAAAAUGGUACGGUGAUGGUCCAUACAAUAUCGAGAGUGGAGUUCAAAUUAUAGAAAUGGUGAUACAUAGCCCGAUCCCAUCAUACAUCAAAAUGGAUGGAUCUACCUCAUUAGUGACGUAUCUCAACCAAGUACGCACCUGCAUGGUUUGUGAUGCUCCUGGACAUGUGAGAAAAGAUUGCCCAGAACAUCCCAAUAAUAGAAUUGAGGAGAUAAGAAAACCCCCGAAGACGACACCUGAGAAGGAAACAGAAGGAAUCACAUAUGCACAGGUAUUAAACUCUAGCGAGAGGGUAAGAGAACAAGCCCAUAGCGGAACUCAGGACACUACUGUGGGCGUACAAGACAGUGAUGAUAUUGAACAGCCGGAUGAGAGCAUAGCCGAGACUCAAAACGACGCAUGGUACAAUAUCAUGGAAGCAGAACCGGCGCUUAGCCAGCGGAUGGAAGUACUAAAGCCUCAAGCAUCUUCAAGUUUGAGCAUGGGUAUUGAGACACCGUGCCCGAAUCAGCAAGCUGAGAAGAAUAGAAGAAAACGAGCAAAGGAAGUGAACAAACUUUCGGAUUCUAGCAGUGGAGAAAAAAAGGUGCCAAAACUGAUACUAAAAAGGAACAAGGACAAUGAAAUACAUAGAGAAGGCUCAGAUGAUGAUGAGAGUCCAGACUCUCCAUAUUAA